UGGACAGUUAUUUGCACUACAGUGGGUUUCAGCGGAUUGCUCUGUGUUCAUACUGCCUUGUGUGUUAUGAAAACGUGUGUGUAAUGGGUCAUUUAAUGCAGUAAGUACAGUAUUUUAGAGAAGUAGGAAGUUCGCAAUUCGCGGCCGAUGGUAAACUGACGCAGACUGAAACCGGAUUGGUUCUUCAAACCGAGAGGCGGGGACUACUACCCUGAUUGCAGCUAGGACAGAACGAGGAAGACGAAGACCAAGGAGAGCCAUAAUCUCUGAUGAGAUGUGGGGCACAAUGGUCUAUGAGGCAGGCUGUCCAGAGAGUAGGCUACAACCAAACGGAAGCAGGUUCACAGUAGCAUCCAUCAUCCAGAGUUGAGAAUAGUGAGUUCUAGUUUUCCUCCCAGUUGGACGUACAUGGAAAACCUCCAAAGGAAGGUGCCCAGGAGACUUCCUAAUCAGAUGCCCAAACCACAUCAACUGUCUCCUUUCAAUGCAAAGGACCAGGGGCUUUACACCGAGCUCACUCCAGAUGUCCAAACUUCUCAGCCUAUCUCUAAAGCUCAGAUUUGCCACCCUACAGAGGAAACCAAACCUACGGAUUUCUACUUGUUUCCAUGAUCUCAUUUCUUCCACAGCUCAUGACCAGGUCCAGCUAGCUAGCUUUUUCUGAGAAAACUCCAACCAAUGAGGAAGGCUGUGAGAUUUAGUUGGAAUCUCUGGAAAAUGCUAAGUACACAGACUGACUGAAGGAGCCAAAUAAGCUGAUGAGCAUCUGGAUGAAAUUUAACCCACUAGUGGAGAAACAUUCUCUCACUGAGUGCGGAGGCUGCAGAUUAAACAUGCUUAUGAUCAGUCACUGAUGAGCUCUGACUAGUGCCAGCAGUGCUGGACACACUGUAAAAACUACAGCCAGCGGCCUGCAACAGAGGCUCAAUGAUGGCCCAGCACCACUUGAUGGAUGAAUGGUGCAUCAAAGCCCCUAGAUACGAAAACAAGGGCCUGAGAGGAUAGAAAACAUGGGAAGAAAGGAAUAAACAACCUCACCUGACUGCUGCGAGGGAGAAAUUGAGUCUACUGUGGCCACAAAAGAGAACAGAGCUGACCAGACAAACAAAACCAGUGAGUGUUUGAGUUUGGAGAGUUAAAGCUUAUACAGAACUGCAGCACUGUUACAACUGCCCUGGACAAGAAACCUACUCAAAACUUUCUGCAUUGAACUCCAAAUCAACUCUGGCUAAAGAGACUGAGGAAGAACGAAAGACACAACAGAGGUAAAAAGUAUAAAAAACAAAUCUGGAGAUAAUUUGUCUGCCACUACAUUGACGCUGAUUGAUAACCAUCAUUGGGGCUAUGAGGAUCUUCAGUAAGAACCUUCGCCUUCAGGACGUCACCAUCAUGUACUUAACUGCCCUGGCAGCUCUAAUGGUCAUUUUGGUGGCUUCAUACCAGGCGCCCACCAAUGCUAUCGAAGUUUCCAGCCUGAAAUCAAAGCCUUCCAGCCCUCUGCCACCUCUCCCCAUGCCCUUCCGGGUGCCCCUUGACCCACGCGGGGAGCUCCAGCUGGCCUGGAACAUCAGCUACAGCGACCAGGAAGUUUACAUGGAGCUCAGGGUCAUGGAGCUCAGACACGGGGUGGUCCUGGGGAUGUCUGACCGCGGGGAGCUGACAAAUGCUGACCUGGUGGUGCUGUGGGACUCUGGAGCCAAUAGCUACUUUGGGGAUGCGUGGAGCGACAGCACAGGUCACGUUUCACUGGACAGCCAGCAAGACUACGAGUUGAUCGAAGCCAAACAGAAACCUGAUGGAUUCCACCUGCUCUUCAAAAGACCAUUCAGCACCUGUGAUCCCAGAGACUACCUCAUAGAGGAGGGAACUGUGCACAUCAUCUAUGGAUUCUUGGAUCAACCACUUGCUUCACUUGAGCAGCUGAACCUGUCCCAGAUAAACACAGGAGUACAGAGAGUCCUGAUGCUGCGCCCCGAUAUGCCGUCACCCACCCUGCCUCCAGAUGUGCAGACGCUGGAUGUCAUUGCGCCAAAUGUCAUCAUACCAAACCAGGAGACCACGUACUGGUGCUUCAUACAGAAGCUGCCAGAAAACAUGCCCAAGAAUCACAUUGUUAUGUAUGAGUCAGUGAUAACUCUAGGUAACGAGGCCAUCGUGCAUCACAUAGAAGUGUUUGAAUGUUCACCGGACAUUCGCGAUGUUCCAGAGUACAGCGGCUCCUGUGAUGACAAGAUGAAACCGGGCAAGCUCAACUUCUGCCGCCAUGUGCUAGCCGCAUGGGCUAUGGGUGCUGAGGCUUUUUACUAUCCUCCUGAUGCAGGGCUGCCUAUGGGUGGACCAGGUUCCUCUAGGUUCCUUCGUCUGGAGGUCCAUUACCACAACCCUCUCCUUAUAUCUGGCCGUCGUGACUCAUCAGGGAUAAGGUUGCAUUACACCCCUAGUCUGAGGCGGUACGAUGCAGGGAUCAUGGAGCUGGGCCUUGUUUAUACUCCUGUCAUGGCUAUCCCACCCAAACAACACACCUUCUACCUCAAUGGAUAUUGCACCUCUAAGUGUACCCGGACUGCUUUGCCUCCAGGAGGAAUCUAUAUAUUUGCGUCCCAGCUGCACACCCACCUGGCGGGGCGUGGGGUCAGGACAGUUUUGGUGAGGGGAGGCAAAGAGCUGGAGGUGGUUCAGGAGGACCAGCACUUCAGCACCCACUACCAGACGAUUCGAGUUCUACAGAAAAUGGCCAAUGUUUUACCCGGCGACGUCCUCAUAACAAAGUGUACUUAUAACACAGAAGACAGGAGCAAGCCUACAGUGGGAGGUUUUGGCAUCAUGGAGGAAAUGUGUGUUAACUACAUUCACUACUACCCUCGAACUAAGCUGGAGCUGUGCAAGAGCCAUGUUGACCCAGGAUACCUGCAGAAAUACUUCAACUUCAUUAACAGGUUCCACGGAAAUGACCACUGUGUGUGUGGAGAGGUUAGUGUGACGGAGCAGUAUUCUCAGCUACAGUGGGACGCAUUCACUGGAGAAGUGCUGGACUCCCUUUAUAAUACAGCACCCAUCUCCAUGCACUGCAAUCAGUCGACUGCACGCCUCUUUCCUGGAGAGUGGGACAAACAGCCUAUACCAGUGGUUAACUCCAUCCUUGAAAAACCUCGCUACCCCUGUGAGGGAGGAGCACUUCCCACCAGCCGACCCUUCACCCCCCCAGUCUGAGUGAGGGGGCAUCAGGGCACACUUCAGCCCAGAGAGACUACUCCUACUCCUACUAACUACUCCUUCAAUAUUUAUUUUGUUGCAUUUUGUUCCCCAUGAUUGUGAUAAUGACUAACAAGCAUCAUUAUGACAUGAAACAUUAUUAUGCUAUAUGGGGAAUCAUUUCAUUCUGUAGUAAACUGUUUCAUAAUCACCGGCUUGAGUGGUAAUAACAGUCCAUCACUUUUUAUAGUAUUACACUUGUAAUUUUCACCCUGUUUUGCGACAUGCCCGUGGGUUCUUGCAUUAUUUGUAUGUGUUAAAUAAUAAAUGUCACAAAAACGUUGGCAGUUAAAAA